AAGCGCUAAUGGCGCAGAAGGAAGUUCUUGACACAAAGCUGGUUGCUCGGCGGUGUCGAUUGUCUUUAGAGCCACAAAAACAAGCACGCAAACCUGUCUCAAACCAUGGGGAGAUAGAGGUGAAAAUCUAAGGUAGCAUGUGGAAAUGGCCUCUCCUAUUACUGGGCCUGCAGAUGUAGCUGAUGUUGUUAGAGAUCUAGACACUCAGAUCGCUCUGAUUGGUCCUGGCCCCCACAACCUCAAGCAGCUUCAGGAUCUCGAGAAACUCCAUGAUCUGAAGGCUAAAGCUCAGCAGAUUAUGAACCAGUACCAGCCGCAGGCUUUGGUCAACCUCAACUUCUCAUCGACUGUGAAAGCAGAGCCCGCCAGCACACCCCCUCUCUCCACCAGCAUGGCCAACAACACAGCAGCGGCAGCGGUGGUAACGACUGCAGCGGCGGUGAAGAUUCCAGGGACCCCUGGCCCUGCAGGCAGGCUCAGCCCUGAGGGCUCACAGGUGCUGAGUAAGAAGAAACUGCAGGACCUGGUGAGAGAGAUCGACCCCAAUGAGCAACUGGAUGAGGAUGUGGAGGAGAUGCUGUUGCAGAUUGCAGAUGACUUCAUUGAAAGUGUGGUGACAGCAGCAUGCCAGCUCGCUCGCCACCGCAAAUCCAGUACCCUGGAGGUGAAAGACGUACAGCUGCACCUGGAGCGCCAGUGGAACAUGUGGAUCCCAGGCUUUGGGUCUGAUGAAAUCAGGCCUUACAAGAAGGCGUGCACUACAGAGGCUCACAAACAGAGAAUGGCACUGAUCCGUAAAACAACCAAAAAGUAAUGGACUUGAAGCAGCUGGACGAGAUCUUUUCAACUUUUUUUUUUUUUUUUUUUUUUUUUUUUAUGGGGGUGGGUCGGGACAGCGUGGAACUGAGUUUAGAGUAUUAACCUCUGUCACAAAGGAUCUUUUUUAAACUUCAGGAUUCUUGGAAUUUGUUCACUGUUGUUUUCACAAAAGCCUUCACUUGUGUACUAAAAUACAACAUUAGCAGGCUGCUGACCGCUCCUGUUAAGCCAGUCUCUUACUCCUUUGACACCCUUUCUUAAAUUAAAAGAAAGUGCACCAUUAAUAUUGUCAUUACUUCAGCUGUAACAGCUUGGGGUACUUCAGACUGACUGAGUUGUUCUUGUUCUUUACUUGCUCAAUUGAGUAAAUUGAUUUGAUUAGUAGGGUCUGAUGUAUGGAAAGAAGUUAUCUUAUUGUAUAAUCUGAUGGAAUGUGCUGGAAAUAGCAAGCAAAGGGACUGGCGCAUAGUGGGAGUGUUGCUUGGUUGUAGGAAUGUCGGCAUCAGUAGGGGGUGCCAGGGUUUACAUGCAAGCCUUUCUAACAAUGCAAGCAUUUGUUUGCUUGCCUUGUAUGCAUAUAACAGGCAUUUUUACAUUGUUUCCCCAAUCAGUUUUUUUUUUUUCUGUUCAUGGGUUCCCAUGUACCUCCUACCCUUAAGCAAAAGCCAGGACAUCUAACUCUUGUAAUGGGUAUUUACUGCUUGUAAAUAUUGUCAAAUUCAAUUGAAGCUGUACUGCCUUGGUUGCAAAAGUUUUUGGAGUCCUGCUUUUGUAAUACCAGAAAAACAUAGCAAAGUUCCCCCUGAAUCGUCAAGUCACAAAGAGGGCUGAACAUUUGACGGCAUAAGGGAAGUAGCUGCUUAUUCAGAGCUUGUAUUGAAAAAAUCUUUAGGAAGAAGUUAUGAACAGACAAAUGCAUAUACAUCAAAGCCAUUCAAAUUAAUAUACAGUAACUUAUUUUUAGUGUGUGUGUGUGGCUACAGUGCAUGCAUUUUACUAAUGGUUUUCUUUAGAUAAAGGCAGUGCUCCUAAAGAUUUGUGGAUCAGAGAGGUGCUUUGAAAUGCUCAGUAAGGCUGUAGCUUGCAUGUCUCAAAGCUGAAACUCGUAUCUCAAUAAUAAACCCAGUGAAUGAAUUCCAUGUGCCUAGAAGAGUUGGAAGUACACUUGUGACGCUGGCAAACUAGCAGCCAGUCCUACACACUGUGUGUUCUUCAAAGGAGCUUCAGUAGUGUAGCAACGAUGAAUGAUUCCACUAAAACUGAAAUAGUAAUAAAAACAAAUCUAUAUUAAAAAAUACGAAAAAUAUUUGUGUGAUUUUAAAGAACCUGUUAUUUUGCAGGUUUGGUGGUGAAAAGGGCUUUAGAGGGAGGGAAGUGGGCGGGGGUCUUAGUGGGAAGGAUGGUAACCUUUUUCACUUUGUACGGCAGUGUUUAUAGUACUACCUGUGUUUGUUUUUCGCAUUAAUAAAAUAAGAUUCACCUUUCA